AUGAAAUGGCGGAAAUGGCUGGACAAGCACACCCAAGUCGGCCCCUAUGAGAAGAUUUUGCUCGGGCGGGGUGUCGCUCGGGGCAUCUCGCAGUGUUCGACCAACGCCGACAUAUGUACCAUGAAGACUGUUUUGCUGAAUGCUUUUCUCGACUGCCUCGAGGUAAGCACCAUAAAUGCCCAAUGUGUCGUGCCCGAAUUGGUCCAGAGAUUCGUGGCCAUCUGA